AUGAGUAAUAUAACUACGGGACAUCGACUUCUUGUUGUGGGAGGAUUAUUAUUAACUUAUGGGCUAGCCUUAUCAACUAUUUAUGCUAACUUUCCUGAAUUAUCCGAAUCUGACAAAGAAGAUUUCAAAUAUCCAAGAAAUCUGGAGGAUGCAAAGAAACUUGGCCGAGUUCUAUCUCAUUAUAAGGAUCUGCAUGGCCUCACUGUUCUGUUCGGAGUUGUAACAGUAUAUGUGCUUCUGCAGUCUUUCGCUAUUCCCGGGUCUAUAUUUUUGACAAUUUUAUCUGGAUAUUUAUUUCCGUUCCCGAUAGCUAUCACUUUGGUUUGUAGCUGUUCUGCAUUAGGAGCUGGUGUCUGCUACCUCUUAUCUUUUCUACUUGGUCGCGAUCUGGUGAUUAGAAAGUUCCCUGAAAAAAUAACUUCUUGGCAAAAAGAAGUUGAUAAACAACGAGGAAAUCUUCUUAGUUAUAUUGUCUUCUUACGUGUAACUCCAUUAUUACCCAAUUGGUUCAUUAACAUUGCUAGCCCCGUAAUAGAUGUUCCAUUCUGGACGUUCUUCUGGGGAACUUUCUUGGGAGUUGCUCCGCCAUCUUUCCUGUAUAUCCAGGCCGGAUCAACGUUGGAACAAAUGACUCACACGAAUGUCGCCUGGAGUUGGAACUCUAUUCUUUUACUUAGUUUCUUCGCUAUCAUAUCUUUGAUUCCUGUCCUUUGGAACAAUAGAAACAAAAGCAAGAAAGAAUGA